UUGCCUUCUUUAUGAUCCUUUUUCAACUUGGAGGAUCAUGUUUAAAUAAUGAUGAUUGUUUACUAAAUGGCCGGUGUAUUAAUAACACAUGUCAUUGUGACUUUCCAUUCGAUAAUCAGCUUUGCAGUAUGGGUUCUAAUUAUCUCUAUUUUAAAGGAAUUUUAAACUAUGGAAAGAUUAUUAGUCUAUAUAAUCUUUCUUCCGCCGUAGACUGUGUUGAGAUAUGUAAAGACUCUGCAGAAUGUGAAUCAGUUGGCUUGGGAAUUUAUAUAACAAGUCGCAUCUUAAUCCAUUGUAGUCUUUUUUCAAACUCAAGUUAUCCCAUUAUACCUUUUCCGCUAAAUCCAAUUUUUAGAUCCUAUUACAUAUUUAUCUUUAAAGAUUCUGAAUUAUCUCUUUGUGGCAAUGAUCAAAUAUUAACAGAACAUACUGAAUAUUGUAUUGAGUUUCUAUGGCAGAAUAUAACACAAUGUCCAAUAAGUGGAUAUGGAUUUAUUGAUAAUUUAAAUGACUGGCUUCAAAUAAAUACUGGACAGUAUUUAAAAGAGAGCAUGAACAAUAUUACAUCUUCUACUUUGUCUGAGAAUAAGAAAAAUAUUAACACAAAUAUGCAAUCUUAUAGAGAAUUGUGCUAUGGCAAUUUAUCAGCCGGAAGCUAUAAUGUUGCAUUAAAUAAACAAGUUAUUUUAUCUGCUAGUAUUCUUGAACCAGAAUUGAUUUACCAUUCACAGCACAUAGCUGAUGGGCUAAAAAAUUCAAAUGUAUUAUUGGGUGGUUGUACAUCAAUGAUAUUUUCAUCAUGGAAAAACAGCCUAUGGAUAGGAUUGGAUUUAAAAUAUAAAUCUUCUGUUAAAAAAGCUAUAAUUUAUUUAUCAAAUAACCAAAGUCAAGGUCAAAUAUGUGAUAUAUUUUCCUCAGAAAACUAUCCGUCUCAGGAAAAAAUUAUACCAUCACAUCCAAAUUAUUUUUGCUUCAGAAAUUUAGAAUUGUUUUCAACAAGCGAAGAAUUGGUUGUAUAUUGCCAACCACAUACAUUGGCUGGACAAUAUUUCAUUUUACAAUCAGAAUCAACAGGUACAAUUACAAUUUGUGAACUGGAAUUAUAUACAUCCGACCUUGCCCUUAACGGUGAAAUUUUAAGUUCAAGUAUAAGCGGCGAAAAUUAUUAUGGUGGUUUUGCUGUUAAUGAAAAUCCAAAUGAUAAUGCUUUUCAAACAAUCCCUAACGAAGAAUCUUGGAUUUCGGUGUAUUUAAGAAAGAAAUUUUUAAUAUAUGGCUUCAACCUAUUUGAAAUAAACUUUCAGAAAUUGAAUGUUUAUGUUAUUGAAAGGAAUUUCUUUUUGAAUCAAACUUUUAACGAAGCUGAAGAAUGCAUAUCAGUUAUAAUGACUGAUUUAUUAUAUUAUAACUACAUUCAUAAAGCCUGUAAAAAAAUAUUGCCAGGUUUAUUUGUAGCAUUAAAAUCAACUCAUGCAUUAUUUCUGAGGAAAAUUGAGAUAUUUGGCCUAUUUCAAAGUGAAUCAGAAUUUGAGAAUAUAGCUUAUGGUAAACCAGUAUGGAUGACUGAAAUCUCUCAUGACAAUUAUGCCUAUUUUGCAACUGAUGGCUUUAGUCAGACUUUUUAUUCCCAAACUAAAAAAACUAAUCAAUAUAUGAUUGUUGAUUUGUUAGAAAUCUUUAUAAUUAAUUACACUGGUGUUCAAAUGAGAUCUUCAGAUGAAGUUUCAUCAGAAAAAGAUAGAAAAAGAUAUCUCCUUCAUUUUAAAUUUUUUAAAAAGAGAAGAAUGACUGAGAACUCUAGCAAUAUUUUUGGUUCAGAUUGUGAAGAAAUAAACGACAUACAAGAGAAAGAAUGUGGCAAGACAAUAAUUUGGAAUUGCAGUUUAAAAAUUAACAUUGGUAGAUUUAUUUAUGUAAAAAGUUCUCAAUCAAAAAAAAUUGAAUUAAAAGAAUUUUACGCAUUCGGAAAGAAAGUUGAAUCAAAACUUUUAUCAAAGAAUCAAAUAGUUGGAGCAUUUUUUAAUGAAGACUUACAAAAUAAUGAAUUCGACUAUGACAAAUCACCAUUGAAAGCAAUUGAUGGAAUAGUUGGUGGCUAUACAUUUCCUGGAUUCUUUUCAUGUACUACUCUAAAAUCAGAUAGAAAUGAUCAAUUAAUAAUCCAGCUUGCUAAAAAAUUUAACAUAUCACAAAUUCUAAUUCAGCCUAGUCAUGAUUCUAAGAACGGUGUUUAGAAAAAUAUUCUACUUUUUUAAUAUCUUCAGUUAUGCCAUGUUCUUUUUUUUACAUUUUUAUAAUAGAUAUUUUUGAUAUUCGAGUUUCCAUUGGGAAUGAUAAUACUCAAGAACUUUGCGAUUACUUUUCUUCACCGGAUCAUAUUACUUAUCCAAUUCAAAUUUAUUGCGAAUCUCCGAAAUAUGGAAAUUAUGUUCUAAUAACACCAGAAGAUAAUAAGGAUAUAGAUAUUUGUGAAGUUGAAAUAUUCCUUGCAAAAGCUAAUAAAUUACUAUUUUUUCCUUUUUGAAAUUGCUACAAAAACUCUAGUUUCGUUUUAUAAAAAAAAUGAAAUGAAUUGUUCAACUAUGGCAACAAUAUAUCCAAAUUCUCAACUAUCAAUUUCAUAUCAAUGCCCAAUCCUUAC